GUGUCCAAAAGUGUUUCCAAACUUGGAAAGGGCGGGCGGGGACCGGGGGGAUGGGGAGGGCGGAGGUAUGCAGACAGCGAGUCAGAGUUUCCCCUUGAAAGCCUCAAAAGUGUCCACGUCCUCAAAAAGAAUGGAACCAAUUUAAGAAGCCAGCCCCGUGGCCACGUCCCUCCCCCCUUCGCUCCCUCCUCUGCGCCCCCGCAGUCUCCUCCCAGCUGUGGCUGCCCGGGCCCCCAGCCCCAGCCCUCCCAUUGGUGGAAGCGCUUUUGGAGGCACCCUCGGGCCAGCGAAACUUUGGCCAUAUAAAUAGGGCAGAUCCGGGCUUUAUUAUUUUAGCACCAAGGCGGCAGGAGGUUUCGGCUGAGUUGGAGGUACUGGCCACGACUGCAUGCCUGCGCCCGCCAGGUGAUACCUCCGCCGGUGACCCAGGGGCUCUGCGACACAAGGAGUCUGCAUGUCUAAGUGGUAGACAUGCUCAGCUUUGUGGAUACGCGGACUUUGUUGCUGCUUGCAGUAACUUCGUGCCUAGCAACAUGCCAAUCUUUACAAGACGCAACUGCAAGAAAGGGCCCAACUGGAGAUAGAGGACCACGUGGAGAAAGGGGUCCACCAGGCCCACCAGGCAGAGAUGGUGAUGAUGGUAUUCCAGGCCCUCCUGGUCCACCUGGUCCUCCUGGCCCCCCUGGUCUCGGCGGGAACUUUGCUGCUCAGUUUGAUGGAAAAGGAGUUAGUCCUGGACCAAUGGGUUUGAUGGGACCUAGAGGCCCUCCUGGUGCAGCUGGAGCCCCUGGCCCUCAAGGUUUCCAAGGACCUGCUGGUGAGCCUGGUGAACCUGGUCAAACUGGUCCUGCAGGUGCUCGUGGUCCACCUGGCCCUCCUGGCAAGGCUGGUGAGGAUGGUCACCCUGGAAAACCUGGACGACCUGGUGAGAGAGGAGUUGUUGGACCACAGGGUGCUCGUGGUUUCCCUGGAACCCCUGGACUUCCUGGCUUCAAGGGCAUUAGGGGUCAUAAUGGUUUGGAUGGAUUGAAGGGACAACCUGGUGCUCCAGGUGUGAAGGGUGAACCUGGUGCACCUGGGGAAAAUGGAACUCCAGGUCAAACAGGAGCUCGUGGUCUUCCUGGAGAGAGGGGACGUGUUGGUGCCCCUGGCCCAGCUGGUGCCCGUGGAAGUGAUGGAAGUGUGGGUCCUGUGGGUCCUGCUGGUCCCAUUGGGUCUGCUGGCCCUCCAGGCUUCCCAGGUGCUCCUGGUCCCAAGGGUGAACUUGGACCUGUUGGUAACCCUGGUCCUGCUGGUCCUGCGGGUCCCCGUGGUGAAGUGGGUCUUCCAGGUGUUUCUGGCCCUGUUGGACCUCCUGGCAACCCUGGAGCCAAUGGCCUUACUGGUGCUAAGGGUGCUGCUGGUCUGCCCGGUGUUGCUGGUGCUCCUGGCCUCCCUGGACCCCGUGGUAUUCCUGGCCCUACUGGUGCUGCUGGUGCUACUGGUGCCAGAGGACUUGUUGGUGAGCCUGGUCCGGCUGGUUCCAAGGGAGAGAGUGGCAACAAGGGCGAGCCCGGCGCUGCUGGGCCCCAAGGUCCUCCUGGUCCCAGUGGUGAAGAAGGAAAGAGAGGCCCCACUGGUGAAGUUGGAUCCCCUGGCCCUGCAGGACCUCCUGGGCUGAGAGGAAAUCCUGGUUCUCGUGGUCUUCCUGGAGCUGAUGGCAGAGCUGGUGUCAUGGGCCCUGCUGGUAGUCGUGGUGCAACUGGCCCUGCUGGUGUGCGAGGUCCCAAUGGAGAUUCUGGUCGCCCUGGAGAGCCUGGCCUCAUGGGACCCCGAGGUUUUCCUGGCUCCCCUGGAAAUAUUGGCCCAGCUGGUAAAGAAGGUCCUGUGGGCCUCCCUGGUAUUGAUGGCAGGCCUGGACCAAUUGGCCCAGCCGGAGCAAGAGGAGAGCCUGGCAACAUCGGAUUCCCUGGACCCAAAGGCCCCGCUGGUGAGCCUGGCAAACAUGGUGAAAAAGGUCAUGCUGGUCUUGCUGGUGCUCGGGGUGCUCCAGGUCCUGACGGAAACAAUGGUGCUCAGGGACCUCCUGGACCACAGGGUGUGCAAGGUGGGAAAGGUGAACAGGGUCCUGCUGGGCCUCCAGGCUUCCAGGGUCUGCCUGGCCCCGCAGGGACAGCUGGUGAAGUUGGCAAACCAGGAGAAAGGGGUAUCCCUGGUGAAUUUGGUCUGCCUGGUCCUGCUGGUCCAAGAGGGGAGCGCGGUCCCCCAGGUGAAAGUGGUGCUGCCGGUCCUGCUGGUCCUAUUGGAAGCCGAGGUCCUUCUGGACCCCCAGGGCCUGAUGGGAACAAGGGUGAACCUGGUGUGCUUGGUGCUCCAGGCACUGCUGGUCCAUCUGGUCCUAGUGGACUCCCAGGAGAGAGGGGUGCUGCUGGCAUACCUGGAGGCAAGGGAGAAAAGGGUGAAACUGGUCUCAGAGGUGACGUUGGUAGCCCAGGCAGAGACGGUGCUCGUGGUGCCCCUGGUGCUGUAGGUGCCCCUGGUCCUGCUGGAGCCAAUGGAGACCGGGGUGAAGCUGGUCCUGCUGGUGCUGCUGGUCCUGCUGGUCCUCGUGGUAGCCCUGGUGAACGUGGUGAGGUUGGUCCCGCUGGCCCCAAUGGAUUUGCUGGUCCUGCUGGUGCUGCUGGUCAACCUGGUGCUAAAGGAGAGAGAGGAACCAAAGGGCCCAAGGGUGAAAAUGGUCCUGUUGGUCCCACAGGCCCUGUUGGAGCUGCUGGCCCAUCUGGUCCAAAUGGCCCCCCUGGUCCUGCUGGAAGUCGUGGUGAUGGCGGCCCCCCUGGUGCUACUGGUUUCCCUGGUGCUGCUGGAAGGACUGGUCCUCCUGGACCCUCUGGUAUCUCUGGCCCCCCUGGGCCGCCUGGUCCUGCUGGUAAAGAAGGACUUCGGGGGCCUCGUGGUGACCAAGGUCCAGUUGGUCGAGCUGGAGAAACAGGUGCCUCUGGCCCCCCUGGCUUUGCUGGUGAGAAGGGUCCAUCUGGAGAGCCUGGUACUGCUGGACCUCCUGGCACCCCAGGUCCUCAAGGUCUUCUUGGUGCUCCUGGUUUUCUGGGUCUCCCAGGCUCAAGAGGUGAACGUGGUCUACCAGGUGUUGCUGGAGCUGUGGGUGAACCUGGUCCUCUUGGCAUUUCAGGCCCACCUGGGGCCCGUGGUCCCCCUGGUGGUGUGGGCAGUCCUGGUGUCAAUGGUGCUCCUGGUGAAGCUGGUCGUGAUGGCAACCCUGGGAGUGAUGGCCCCCCAGGCCGUGAUGGUCAACCUGGACACAAGGGAGAACGUGGUUACCCUGGUAACGCUGGUCCCACUGGUGUUGUGGGUGCGCCUGGUCCUCAAGGCCCUGUGGGUCCCGCUGGCAAACAUGGAAACCGUGGUGAACCUGGUGCUGCUGGUUCUGUUGGUCCUACUGGUGCCAUUGGUCCAAGAGGUCCUAGUGGCCCACAAGGUAUUCGAGGCGAUAAGGGAGAGCCUGGUGAUAAAGGGCCCAGAGGUCUUCCUGGCUUGAAGGGACACAAUGGAUUGCAAGGUCUUCCUGGUCUUGCUGGUCAUCAUGGUGAUCAAGGUGCUCCUGGCCCUGUGGGUCCCGCUGGUCCUAGGGGCCCUGCUGGUCCUUCUGGCCCUGCUGGAAAAGAUGGUCGCAGUGGACAUCCUGGUACAGUUGGACCUGCUGGACUUCGUGGCUCUCAGGGUAGCCAAGGUCCUGCUGGCCCUCCUGGCCCUCCUGGUCCUCCUGGCCCUCCUGGCCCAAGUGGUGGUGGUUAUGACUUUGGUUAUGAUGGAGACUUCUACAGGGCUGACCAGCCUCGCUCACCACCUUCUCUCAGACCCAAGGAUUAUGAAGUUGAUGCCACUCUGAAAUCUCUCAACAACCAGAUUGAGACCCUUCUUACUCCAGAAGGCUCUAGGAAGAACCCAGCUCGCACAUGCCGUGACUUGAGACUCAGCCACCCAGAAUGGAGCAGUGGUUACUACUGGAUUGACCCUAACCAAGGAUGUACUAUGGAUGCUAUCAAAGUAUACUGUGAUUUCUCUACUGGGGAAACUUGCAUCCGGGCUCAACCUGAAAACGUCCCAGCCAAGAACUGGUACAGAGAUUCCAAGGCCAAGAAGCACGUCUGGUUAGGAGAAACUAUCAAUGGUGGUACCCAAUUUGAAUAUAAUGUUGAAGGAGUUACCACCAAGGAAAUGGCUACCCAACUUGCCUUCAUGCGCCUGCUGGCCAACCACGCCUCUCAAAACAUCACCUACCAUUGCAAGAACAGCAUUGCAUACUUGGAUGAGGAGACUGGCAACCUGAAAAAGGCUGUCAUUCUGCAAGGAUCCAACGAUGUUGAACUGGUUGCCGAGGGCAACAGCAGGUUCACUUACACUGUUCUUGCAGAUGGCUGCUCUAGAAAGACAAAUGAAUGGAAAAAGACAAUCAUUGAAUACAAAACAAAUAAGCCAUCUCGCCUGCCUAUCCUUGAUAUUGCACUUUUGGACAUCGGUGGUGCUGACCAAGAAUUCAGUUUGGACGUUGGCCCAGUCUGUUUCAAAUAAAUGAACUCAAACUAAAUUAAAGAAAAAGGAAAUCUGAGAAUUUCUCUCUUUGCCAUUUCUUUUCUUCUUUUCUAACUGAAAGCUGAAUCCUUCCAUUUCUUCUGCACAUCUACUUGCUUAAAUUGUGGGCAAAAGAGAAGGAGAAGGAUUGAUCAGAGCAUUGUGCAAUACGAUUUAAUUAAUUCCCCCUCCCUCUACCCCUUCCCAAAAGAUCUGGAAUUUUUUUCAACACUCUUACACCUGUUGUGGAAAAUGUCAACCUUUGUAAGAAAACCAAAAUAAAAAUUGAAAAAUAAAAUAAAAACCAUGAACAUUUGCACCACUUGUGGCUUUUGAAUAUCUUCCACAGAGGGAAGUUUAAAACCCAAACUUCCAAAGGUUUAAACUACCUCAAAACACUUUCCUGUGAGUGUGGUCCACACUAUUAGGUGCUGAUCUAGACAGAGAUGAGCAGAGGUACUUGUUUUUUGUUCAAAAUACAAAGGUGCUAAUUAAUAGUAUUUCAGAUACUUGAAGAAUGUUGAUGGUGCUAGGAGAAUUUGAGAAGAAAUACUCCUCUGUGUUGAGUUGUAUUGUGUAUUUUUUUUUCAUUUGAUUUAGCAUCAGUACUUUACAUCUUACUCCAGUAUAAAAAAGUAAGUGGAUCAUUUGCCCAACAUUGUCCUCUUCUUUAAAUUCAGCAUUUGUUCUUUGCCAGUCUCAUUUUCAUCCUCUCCCGUGAUUCCAAAGAAGCCUUGUUUCUCGGACAAGCCAAAAAAUUAAAUUGUACCUAUUUUGUAUAUGUGAGAUGUUUAAAUAAAUUGUGGAAAAAAUGAAAUAAAGCAUGUUUGGUUU